AUGAAGUUCUUUAGUUGGAUGCAAAAUAAACUUGGUGGAAAACAAGAGAAUGGAAAAUCAAACACAUCUACAUCUACUUCAUAUCAUGCUAAACAAGAGCCUAGAGAAGAAUUCAGUGAUUGGCAUCAUAGUUUGCUAGCAAUUGGAACAUUUGGAAACAAAGAUGAAAUCAUACAACAAGAGGAUGAUCCUUCAUCAUCAUUAGAGGAAAUACCAGACUUCACUCCUGAAGAAAUAGGGAAGCUACAAAAGGAGUUAACAAAACUCCUAAGACGGAAACCGAAUGUCGAAAAGGAGAUUUCUGAGCUUCCUCUUGACAGAUUUCUUAACUGUCCUUCAAGUUUGGAGGUUGAUAGGAGAAUCAGCAAUGCACUUUGCAGUGAGUUAUCAGAAGAUCACAAAGAUGAAGAUAUUGAGAAAACACUUAGUGUCAUACUUGAUAAAUGCAAAGACAUUUGUAAAGAAAAAAGUAAGAAAUCAAUUGGGAAGAAAUCUAUUUCUUUUUUGAUGAAGAAGAUGUUUGUUUGUAGAAGUGGAUUCGAGCCAACACCUAGUCUAAGAGAUUCUCUUCAAGAAUCAAAAAUGGAAAAGCUUUUAAGGACAAUGCUUCACAAGAAACUUCAAACACAACAUUCUUCUCGCGCAUCGGUGUUAAAGAACCGCAUAGAGGACAAGAAGAGUAUAAGGAAGAGAAAUCAUGAUGAUGAAGAACCAGAGGAGAGAUCUGAUGAAGGAAGCAAAUGGGUCAAGACUGAUUCAGAAUAUAUUGUUCUAGAAAUAUAA